AUGAUGGUGGAAUGUCAAGCUUUCUGCCGGAGCAUCGCUGACACCCAGCACCAGAAAAUUCUUUCUGCCAGUUGCAAUGCCGGUGGAAGCCGAAGCCACACCUCCCGCAUGGCUCCUCCAGCCAGCCGGGCACCUCAGAUGAGAGCUGCCCCCAGGCCAGCAGCAGCCCCACCGUCUGCAGUUGGCUCACCUGCUGCUGCACGGCAGCCUGGUCUGAUGGCCCAAAAAACUACUGCAGCUGGUGUGGCUGUGGGCUCUGCAGUUGGGCACACUCUGGGUCAUGCCAUCACUGGGGGCUUCAAUGGAGGACGUAAUGCUGAGCCCUCAAACCCCAACAUCACUUACCAGGAGCCUCUCGGAAGCCAGCCGGCACAGCAGCAGCAGGUUGGCCCUUGCUUCUAUGAGAUGAAACAGUUUUUGGAAUGUGCCCAGAACCAGACUGAUACCAAGCUCUGUGAGGGAUUCAAUGAGGUGCUGAAACAAUGCAAACUUGCAAAUGGAUUAUCCUAAUCAAGAAGUACAGAUUGAAGAAAAGGAAAAUUGCCUUUUAAGACCAAGUUAAUUUAGCAUGAAAAUGUAAUUGAUAAUGAAAGUAUAAAGGGUAAAAUCAUCAUUUUAAAAAAAAAAUUCUUUCUGCCUUGGUUUCCCCUUUUUAACUAGUAUUACUUCCAAAUCCCUAACUAAAUAGGAUAAUCACCUUUGAGUUAGUUAUUUUUACCCUUCUUUCAUUUGUCUGCAAUGUGAUUUUACUAGUGAGUCCAUCAAUUCCUUCUUUCAUUCAACAGCUAUUUGAAUAUCUAUUUUGUGUACUAAUCAGCCAGAAUACAAAAAUAUAUAAUAUAAUUUUCAAUGAAUUGAAAAUAAACAAUUCAAAUCCAAUACAGUAAGUCCUAUAAUAGACAUAUGUUCAUAAAACUGCAGGAACACA